GUAGCCUCAGAUUCUCAUUUCCAUGCAGCAUAAAAUUUCAUUUUUUUUCCUGAUACGAUGAACGCAGUCAAAUCUUUUUUAAUCGUUUCUGCUUUUGUUUUAGCGUCGAGUUUCAUUGUAAGUGUCGCUGAAGCUCGGGAUCCUUUCAAUGCCUUGAUGUCUAAGAACUUUGCAGGUCGAAAGGUCCCCGAUUUCUUCGAUAUUGGAUUAUAUCUGGGUGCGAUCAAAGGGUCGGGUCCAAGUGGACCUGGUGAGGGACAUGGGUUCGUUGAUGGUCGGACCCUCGGAGGCAUUAAGAACUCGGGUCCAAGCCCUGGUGGGGGACACAUGUUCACAGAUAGUCAAACCUUGGGUGGCAUUAAGAACUCCAGCCCUGUUGAGGGACAUAGCUCGACCCUUGGCGGCAUUAAGGAUUCUGGUCCCAGCCCUGGUGUGGGAAACAAGUUCACUGAUAGUCGAACUCAUGGAGCCAUUAAGGAUUCUGGUCCGAGCCCUGGUGUGGGAAACUGAGGACUCUGGUGUGAGC